AACAGCGAUUUAUCCUCACCGCGGGUGAUACCACGGCCGAGGUCGUCCAAUCAAGAGGACCCCGUUUAAAUCAAAAAGAAUGUACAUCAUCGUGGCACUUUUCUUCCUGGCAUUCGCCACCGCACACCACGAGCCACCUGUCACCGUAAAUACAGCGUAUGGAGCCGUGCAAGGGCGCAUCUUGACGUCUAAAAUCCGCAGCGUUCCCUAUGCGGCCUUUACAGGCAUCCCCUUCGCUCAGCCUCCAGUUGGGGUGCUUAGGUUCAAGCCACCGGUUAGAAUACAACCCUGGCAGGGGGUAUUCAAUGCAAGCGUCGAGGGGACACCGUGCAUCCAAGUGUCCCCCUUCGACGGUAACACCCUGAUAGGGUCCGAAGACUGCCUCUACCUGAACGUCUUCACUCCGCAGACGAAAUUCCAGGCCAGGAGGCAAAGUACAAGAAGUGCAAGCACUGCAAGACCGGUCAUGGUGUGGAUCUACGGGGGUGGCUUCACGUCGGGAUACGCGGACCACUCGGUGUUCGGUCCGGAUUUCAUUAUCGAGGAGGACGUCCUGCUGGUGACUUUUAAUUAUCGUCUCGGUGCUCUAGGCUUCAUGUCCCUCAAUGUCUUCAACGCCACCGGAAAUGCCGGCUUGAAGGACCAAAACCUCGCCCUACAGUGGGUGCAGGAGAACAUCCGGUUUUUCGGGGGAGACCCGGCCAGGGUGACGAUUUUUGGACAGAGCGCAGGGGGCGCCAGCGUCGACACCCACAUCCUGUCGGAGAAGUCUCGAGGUCUCUUUAGCGGAGCCAUCACCAUGAGCGCCUCCAUUCUCAAUCCGUGGGCUUUCCAUCGGAUCGACGAAGCCGUGUCCAAAGCUUUCUCCCUUGCCAGGGAGCUUCGUCUCUAUAGACCUUCCAUAUUCAACUUCAAUCGGAGGGUGGAGUUAAGGGAGGAAAUACUUCGCAAGCUGAUGGACGUCCCUGCGAGGGAUAUCGUCCUGGCGACCGAGAAAUUGAGCUUGGCGGAUCCUCCGUUUAGGCCAACUAUAGAAUAUCCGGAAUUUGCCCGAAAAGAGGAUAUAUUUCUAUCAGACUGCCCUCUGAGGAUAUUUACGUCCGGAAACUUCGCGAAAGUGCCCUUCAUGUUGGGAUUUACUUCCGAUGAGACGGCGUUCUUUGGAGGAGUCGGAAACGUGUUAUUCGACAUGUUUCGAGCGAUACCCAACACGCAGAUGGUCCCGAUCUUGGACGACAUUUUGCCUCCCUUCCUUACAGACAUCAUUAAUCUACCUUCCAUGGUAAUCAGCGAUCUCUCGACAGAAGUGCUACGCCAGCUCGUCAACGACACUAGCGAAGUUCAUUUCAUCUCAGGAAUCGAUCAGAAGGAGAGGCUGUUACACGAAUUAAGCCCGGAGCCUGUAUUUUACUACCGUUUUACAGUUGACACAGAAGACUCCGCGCACAGAGUGCUCUACAACGUCAGCUUGGAUGGUGCCGCCCAUUCCGACGACCUCCCUUACAUAUUUUACGUCUCGGCGAAAGAUUUGUCUCGCAACGCAUCCCCUCGAGUUCGAUACGUGAGGGACAGAAUAGUUUCCAUGUGGACUAAUUUCGCCAAAUUCAGGAAUCCCACCCCGAAGGGCGCCGCAAUUGAAGUCUCGUGGCCGGAAGUUGGUGAUAAGGGAAAUCAGUUACAAAUCGACGAGCCGCUUCUGGUCACCGACCGAGCGAUCAGCAGACGCGUAGAAAUGAUUAUCAGAGCUAAUGGGAGAAACAAUCAAGUCUGCAGGUCGGCGAGUUCGUUACUCUGAAGUGCAAGAUGCAAAUGUCCGACCGUCUACGAAUAUUCCGUCCGUUGUGAUAUUAAUAUCCUUUAUGAGCAAGUGUACGAGAGAAAAAAUGUAUCGUAGUAAGGCGUCGCGGUUGGGAGCGUACAGCUGGAAUUCCUAUUAUCAGCUCUGCGCUUCGACCGUGUGAUAAAAUAAAAAAAAAAAUAUAUAUAUACGUUAAUGUUGCACCUCGUUCAGCUUUCAUCGCUCCGACG